GAGAGUGCGGCCACACUGGCGACAACAGCUGUUCUGUUUUUCCAUUGUCGCUGUCCGAUUAAAUUAUACAAUUGUUGGCGUUUUCGGACGUCCACAUCGCAGAGUUCACGAACAAACGGUGCAAAAUGGUAGCUGGUGGUGCCUCGGAAACGGGCGGCGUGAAGCCGAUGGUCAUUGCGGGCCGCAUGGUGCGGGAGCGGGAGCGCCUGAUUGGCAUGUCGCCGGAGGAGCGCGCCUGGCGCAAACAGUGGCUGAAGGACCAAGAGCUGCACCAUGGACCGCGCAAGGUGCCCGCCCUGGAGCUGGAGCUGAACAACCCCAUCAAGCGCUUCUACCGCGCUCCCCUGGACAAGGUCUGCAAUGUUUUGGAGCCCGUCCUGGGCUUCCAGAGGGCGUUCACCGUGCGCUACUGGACCGGAAAGGCUCUCCUCGCCCUCACCGGAAUCUACGCCGGCGCCUACUACUUCAAGUACAACCAGAAUGAUUGGACCCGGAAGGGCGGCUUUCGUGUGAUCCACUCGCGCAAGCAGUGCGUGCCUGGAGAUGAGGGCUAUCCCAAGGUCUCCGAUCGAUCGGCGCCAUCCGAUUACGCGGCUCGCGGAUUCAAGGAGUCGCCUCUGAAAGCUUGAAGAUCGUCCCCGAGCUGGCUUAGUGAUUUUGCUUAAGUUUGAAACGUAAAUUAAUAAUAUCAAAACAAAAAUCGCAAUAAAUAUGGAAACAAAAACACAGAGGAGGAGAUUGAAAGUGGAUUGUGGUUUUGCCAUGGCUUCGCUGCUGCAGAAGAGGUUUUUCUGCUGCGCUCGGCGGAUAUUCUUUUUUGACUGUUACUCUGUCAAAAAGCAACCCUAGCACUUUGGAGGUGUGCUCAAUUCGCUGAAAUUGUUAAUUAUCGGCAGCUUUCUUUUAUUUGGUUGUUCGAGCUGACGAAGAAACCAGGCAGCGAUCGAAGCUCAAAGAAAAUGAGAUUUUCUAAUCAGGUGUGGCAAAUGGCGUUUAAUCAAAUUAAAUAUUUAAUCAAAUUAAAUUUACAUAAGCUUGAUGAUAAAAACGUCCAAACACGUAAAUAAUAGUAAAUAAUUAAAUAAUUAAGUGAAAAAGUGGGCAUCAGCAGUAAUUAAACUAACAAACUUUUUAAAUUUGAAAAGUAAUACAUUUCACCUAAACUUUAAUGUUUGUGUACGAAAAUGUAAUAUCAAACGUGAUAAAGUGAAUUAAUAAAAGAGUACUCAAAAUUA